AUGGAGGAUGUUGAUCACUCUGACACUAGUAAUGCAACUGCUUUUAACAAUAACGAUUCAGCUUCAAAGGCAUACAAUGGAGAGAAACCCUUGCUUAAUGAAUCAAUUUCUAAUCAAAGAUCAGUGCAGAGAAAGAUAACUGAAUAUCGCUGUAAUAUUUGUUGGAAAACAUUCUUUUCUAAACAUGAGGUCUUUGUACACAAAAAAAUACACAAGGAGAAACUCUAUCACUGUGAAAUAUGUGCGAAAUCUUUCACUCAGAAAUCUCAUCUUGUUAUCCACUUACAUGAACAUACGACAGGUAAAGCCUAUAAUUGUGAAAUAUGUGGAAAAUACUUUAAAACUAAAGUUCACUUAAAAACACAUAACUUAAUACACACUAGGGAGAAAGUUUUCAUUCAUAAAGCUAAACUUACUCUCCACAAAAAAGUACACACUGUGGUAAAACGACACCAUUGUGAAAUAUGUGGGAAGUCCUUUGCUACCAAUAGUGAUUUAACAAUCCACAGAAGAAUGCACACUGGAGAAAAACCAUAUAAUUGUGAAAUAUGUGGAAAAACUCUUGUAAUUCACAAACGUAGUCAUACCGGAGAAAAACCUUACCACUGUGAGAUAUGUGAGAAAUCUUUUGUUUCUAAUGGUCAUUUAACAACACACAAAAGAAUACAUACUGGAGUAAACCUAUUUCAUUGUGAGGUCUGUGGGAAAUCUUUCCUUCAAAAUUCGAAGUUUAUAAUACAUAAACGUAGACACACAGGCGAAAAACCAUAUUGCUGUGAAGUUUGUGGGAAAUCUUUUGUCAGUAAUGGUGAUUUAAAACGUCAUGAACGCAUCCACUCUGGAGAAAAACUCUAUCGCUGUGAAAUAAUUGGAAAAGAGUACACGCUAGAAGAAAAUCUCUUAAACUGUAAAAUGUGA